AUGCGCGAAGCUCUCUCUUCGCUCCGCUCGCUAGGCACCGCGAUUGGUCGAUGGCUUUGGGAGAUGGGGAUCGCCAUCUUCUCGAUCAGCCUGCAGAAUCAGGGGAUUUCCGACCAAGGCGAGGGGUACCGGCGCAGCGGAAACUUGCGGCGACAACCGGUGAUGUUCUUAUGGCUCACGGGAUCGCCAUCUUCUGUCUCCCUCUAG